AUGCAUUAUGAGAAAGGGCUAGCAGUGAACAUUGCCCUAAUAUCAUCGUUUUUGCUCACUGUUAAUGCCAUUGAGAGGUUCGAAUGUAAUGUUUUGGAGCCGGCGUGUCGUCGGAGGUUGGAAGAGAAGGCUCGGGGAUUCACCGAAGUCAGAGGAGGGAACAAUCAAUGCAAUUACCAGGAUCUUUGGCUGAUCCCUGGGAGGGCGGACGCAUCUUGUAGUAGGUUUGAAUUCAGAUUAAUCUAUAAAUUUCAGCGCCGUUUUUGCACUUGAAACCAAUUUCACUAGUAUUUCCAGAAAGUGCAUAGAGGUUUUUUAUGCCUUAUAUUUCAUGCAUUUAAUUCUGUUUUUUCGCACGGUGCAAACCUUUAAAAAGCCAUGCACUGUACAAACCCGAAAAUGGCGGGUCUCAGCUCCAGAAAAAUCUAAAUUUCGGGAAAAUCGGCGGAGUCUCCGCGGAGAAAUUCAAAGAAAAAACUUACCCGUGUCGAGUGACCCACCCGAACCAUCGUUUCCAAAUUUGAUGCUUUUUUAUUCCAGCUAGGCCGGACGCCAAGAAAUUAGUGGAAAUCGAUGCCCGGCAGGUCAAAAUCACUCCUCCGAUAGUCAAAUUCCCCGGAUGUUUUACCAUCGAGAUCAAGAAUGUGAGGAUAUUGGAUGACAAAGAGGUCUUGACCAACUCUUUCUUCGCCAAGUCCGAAUACCAUUGGCUGAAUGUGAAGCAAUUCAGUGAACUCAAGUGCCAAAAUGCGUCUAAUAAUGGGUGCGGGGGUUACGGAAACAACUGGUGAGUCCUAUUUUCCAUUAAUUCAGCCUUUAGUCAGCUUGUCUAUGGCUCUAUUGAAAGUUUUAUUUUUAACUUGACAGUAAUUGAAAUCACUGUUUUCCAGCUUCUACUGUGAUAUUUGUGAGAGUUUGAAUGCCGCCACAGAAGUUUCGAAUGCAGUAAAGUUGAAGACGGAGCUCGCGGAUCAAUUCAAAGGCCUCCAUUGUCCGAAACAUGCCGGUUUAUACACUUUUAAGAAGGAAUUCUGCUUCAACGACUGGUCGACUUUCGAUAGGAAUGGUGAUUGUCAACUGGACUUCCUGCAGACUGAUCAGACCGACCUCAAGUCGGCGUUGGCUUCGCUUCAACAAAUUGGAUAUGUAAGUUUCGAGACUCAUCUUUACAAAUAUGCUUGAAGUUUUCUAAUUGUCGGUAAUGAUAAUGAAAAUAUUAUCUUAGGGAACAGUUGUGGCCAAAGUCCGUCUGGCUUACAAUGCCACAGGAGCAGUUGCCCGAAAACGCGAUGCAAAGAUGAAUCAGAUCCGGAAGAUGGUCGAAAGAGAAUUGGCCGAGCGAAAACGGAACUGGGACAUAAAUAGGGGGCAAUUCGAAAAGUUCCAACAAUGGUAUAUCGAUUAUCGACAGAACAUUUGGCAUCGGUAAGAGCUCUCGUUUCAUUUUCGUAUUUUUCAAUCAUCUCUACUUUCCAGCGAAGAGUACCUUCCCUGGUUGUUAUAUGAGAACGAAUUGGCCUGUCUUCGGUUGACUUUCGAUGUCUGCGAGAGGAAUCCCCGCCCCAAACCGUACGGAGGGACGGGCUACACCUGCGAUUGA